ACGACAAAUUUGUUUUGCUUAUUGGAAAGCUUGGCUUUAUUUCAACAAUGAGUGUUCUCCUCCUCAAGUCGCUAAAUGAUGAUCUCGAGUCUUCAUCGCAAGACCAUUAUGUACAACGCUUAAGAAGCGCUGGAUUUACGGCAGACGUAAUUGAAAGCUUACGUUUUGAAUAUUUACCCGAGAAUCUAUCUAUCCUAGCUGAUUGGAGAAAUAAAUAUAGUGCUGUUAUAUUUACUAGUCCCCGGUCUUUAAGAGCACUUAAAAAGUGCAAGAUAUAUGGUAAAGAAAGCGAUCUUUGUUUUGUUGUCGGAAGGGCAUCUGCCGAGUUGGCCUGUGAACUUCACUUCGACCCUAAAGGGGCAGAAUGUGGGGAUUCACAUACGCUAGCAGAAUUUAUUGUCAAUAAUUAUAAGAAAAAAAUCGAUAAACCUGUUUUAUUCGUCACUGGUGAACAGCAUCUGGACGAUUUGCCAAGAUUUUUGGAUGCAAAUGGCAUAAAAGUUGACACAACUGUAGCCUAUGUUUCUACAGUAAAUAAGGAUUCUACAGAAAAACUCCGUCUUGCCUUAUGUGAAGGAGCCUCAGCCCCCGACUACUUAGAUGUAAUUGCCAAGAUCCGGAUUUCUGAUAGUAUGGGAAAAUCUCGGGCAAACACAUUUUUGGAAGAGUGA